CAACAUCGUGAAGAAGAAUCUUACAGUUAAUCUAUCCACACCACAACAUCCACCAUGGACACAGCCAAGCAGUACGCCCGAUCGGCUCAACAAAAAGCCCAGGAGAAGACCGGCAUGGACAUGGGUGCUCCCCACCCCCAUGAGCCCGACGUCAACAAGUUGAACCCCGAGGAGUACUUUGAAACCACCGUCGAUAAGGACGGCCACAUCGUCGAUGACCGAUAUGCGUUCACGGAUGGCGAGAACAUCGGCAAGGGCAGAAGGGACGAGGCGGAUGCCUACGAAGCGGCCACGAAAGAUUUUGAGUAAAUCGGGUGCAUAUGCAUGGGGGUUUUAUUACUGAGGCACACUCUUUAAUCGUGUCAAAUAGGCGACAGUACGAAAUGCUACUUCACUCAG